CCUCCUCCUCUUUCUCUCUUCUCCCUGCAUCUCUCCCUUUUUUCCUCUGUGUGUGUGUGUGUGUGUCGGCACCCCACCCCCUUCUCGCCUCCCUCCCUGCGGUCGGCAGGGGCAGAGCAGACGGCGGGGGAGGGGAGGGGGGGAAUCUCUCCCUCCAACACCAUGACAGGCAUCGCCGCCGCCUCCUUCUUCUCCAAUACCUGCAGGUUCGGGGGCUGCGGACUACACUUCCCCACCCUGGCCGAGCUCAUCGAGCACAUCGAGGACAACCACAUCGAUACAGACCCACGUGUGUUAGAAAAACAAGAAUUACAGCAACCAACAUAUGUUGCACUCAGCUACAUUAAUAGAUUUAUGACUGAUGCAGCCCGACGUGAGCAGGAAUCCUUAAAGAAGAAAAUUCAGCCGAAGCUCUCGUUGACGCUGUCCAGCUCAGUGUCUCGUGGGAAUGUAUCUACUCCUCCCCGCCACAGCAGCGGCAGCCUUACUCCUCCGGUGACCCCUCCCAUCACCCCCUCCUCCUCGUUUCGCAGCAGCACCCCAACAGGGAGCGAAUACGACGAGGAGGAAGUUGACUAUGAAGAAUCGGACAGCGACGAGUCCUGGACCACCGAGAGCGCAAUCAGCUCGGAAGCCAUCCUCAGCUCCAUGUGCAUGAAUGGAGGGGACGAGAAGCCCUUUGCCUGUCCAGUUCCGGGAUGUAAGAAAAGAUACAAGAAUGUGAACGGUAUAAAGUACCACGCCAAAAACGGCCACAGAACACAGAUCCGUGUCCGCAAGCCAUUCAAAUGCCGUUGUGGGAAGAGUUACAAGACAGCUCAGGGCCUGAGGCACCAUACAAUCAAUUUCCACCCCCCCGUGUCGGCUGAGAUUAUCAGGAAGAUGCAGCAAUGAAGUGCUGGUCCGAACUGUGCCAAGGAAUCCUCACCAGCAGUUGCUGAUUUUGGAAACAGCCACCUUUUUUCAGGGGGAGCUUUCACCAACCUCCCGGAGAAGAACGAAAUGCAUGCUUUCAAGUUUCUGUCAUUUUGGAAUGAUGUAUCUUUGUAGAGUUAAUGAUUUUGUACAUUUGCACAUGUAAUCAUCAUACCCAUUUUCAUUACUUCGAUAUAAGGUGCUAAACAGAAGCUCUAGAUCCUUCGGGACACGUCCCCUACGGCAAAGCGAGGGCUAAGGAUGUGUUGCACACGGUUUAGGUGUCUUACAGUGUUAUUGGGGAGGGGACGGGAAGGGCGGGGGGAGGGGGAAGGCGGGCGCUCAGAUCAGUUGAGAUGGCAGUAAUGUGACGGAAGUUUUUCAGCCCGGCGAUUCACGCGUGCGAUCCAGACCGAAAAGAAUCCUACCGCUAUCCACCCGGUUAACAUGCCUUACACGACGGAGUCCGUGUCCGUGGGGAGCCAGGCGAUAAGGAUGGUAAAUAUGAAUUAGAAAGAAUGUGUAACAUAAUAUGCUAAAAAUAUUUUCAUACUUAACAUGCGUAAAGAGAUGUGCUUUCCGUGUUCUAUAUUAUCUUGCAGAUCCUUUUCUUCCCUUUGAAAUGCUGAGAAUCUUGCCAUUUGAACUAGCCAACAAUCACUUCAGCGUUAGAGUUCUUACUGUUUUUCCUUUGUACAAGCUGUGUGAAGUUUGCGCCCCUCAGACGUUCGAGGACCAAGAUCCCAGUUCAGUGAAAUAUUUUUCCCUGCAAUUGACUCUUAGGAAACACUUUGAAAUACUUAAGUGCAAAUUUUUUUUCUCAAACAUAACUCUAUCUUCAUCUUCAGAUGAAGUUUUAAAGCACUUUGUAGUUCUCUAUUGCCAACAGAUUUAAUGUUUUAUGUGUUGCCAAUUCUUGCAGCCCUGGCACUAACAUGUGCCUGUGGUUGCAAAUAAAAAUUAACAUUUGAAGCAUGUUUCAAGAAGGAACAUUUGCGUUGAGAAUUUCUAUUGACCCUCCUUCAAGGGUGUUUUGUUUUUGUGAUUUGGUGGGGGGGGUGGGGGAGGCCUACUCCUUUGCCUCAUACCGUCGGUGUCCGCGUUCCAGUUGGAGUUGUCUGUAUAGCUUUAUUGAAUCCCUUUGCCGAAAGAUGACAUUGAGCCUUACUGACAGUUAAGUGUUCCUUGCAGCAGCAGGGCGGUCAGUGAGUGAGAGCUAGUUGCAUCGGGACCAUUCCUGAACGUCUUCUUGCUGACAAUACCAUCCUGCCUUGAGCAUCCUUGUAUCCCAAGUGCUAUUCUUUACAGCUCAGAGCUUUACAGUUGUCUGAUGUUAGAGGAGAAUUUUGACGUCACCUUCCCCCGCUCCAAAGCAACACAGAUUUCUCGUGACACAACCGUCUCUCUCCCCUCCAGUGUCCCGUUUCCCCGUGCCCCCCAACCCCCCGACCCAGGCCAUCUGAGACCCUUGAGGGGAAAGUUCUGUCCACAGCUGGGGAGCAGGCGGGUCUCCUCGGUUUUAGGACUCUGCGGGACUUUGAAAGGAUGACAAUUAUCUGGGAACCAGAUGUGAGAGCUUCUACUUUCACAACACGAAUCCCUCAUACCGAGAGUUUUGUUUUUUUUAAACGCCGAUUAAAAAUGGCCUCUCGACGACACACACAGCCUCCAAUCCCCCAGAGGUGAUGGGAGUGCGUUGUGUACAGUGCUGUAGCUUAGGUUUAAAGGACGAUCCGGACACGAGAAGCAAAGAGUAAGUGCAUAGAGCGGUUACUGGACUAUUUUCUAUUUACCGAUAAUUUCGGCAACAAAUUAGGCCCAUCAAAGUAUCAUUUGGCUCUGUUCCUUCUAGCACAAAAAAACCCCAGGCUGGAUCAGUCAGUUCAGCAGUCAUAAAACAAAGUCAUUGUUGCAUGUAACUUCCUUUCAACUAUAAAACAAAUUCCAGUUGCUAUUUACCUUUUCGUUGUGACAGUAUUACUAAACAGGUAAGGAUGGGACUAUUUUGAUAUACUGUGUAUAGUGAAUGUAUUGUACUGUGUCUGUGAAAACUGUGCUUUAAAUUAUAUUUUCAUAUGUUUUGUUGGGGACAAAAUACAUUAAGUUUGAAAUUAACAGAGGUUUGUUUUAGAACUGAAGGCAACUUAAUGAAUCAAACUUCCUGUCGAGAAAGCUCCUUACAAAUGUAAAUCGAAUCACGUUUAAAAUAAACUGCCUCUGACCCAAAA